UAUCCUCUCGCACGUCUUCUUCAAGCUGCUUCUUCAAGGGGGACCCCAAGAUAGGAUCUCGGCCGUCAUGUUGUGGCUUUUAUCGCUGUUAAAUCGUUCCUUUGUUGACGAGUAAUAUUCACAUGCGGUAUCUUAAUUGAGGAGCGUCCGUAGGGACGGUUGCCAGUGGUUGUCCUUUAUAGCGGUGAUUGAGAGCGACACCCACCCCUAACGCUGUCAUUCCGCACCUAAUAGUGGCGACUACACAGGAGUAUUCCAGAGGGGCGGCGACUGGUUUAAAAUUCAGCGGCGAGUGGGAGGGCUUCUGGCGGGUGAUUUUCGGGAGAGGUGACAUAUUUUUAUUUCGGUACUGUGCUGCAGUUUGUAUCUGAUUCAGUAUUCUGCCCCUGCCGUGCAAUUUCACAGCUGAACUGGGAAAGCGUUUGGCCACCUGUUCACGAAGGAGUCACAGUCUGUGCGAUUACUUCAGACGCAAGGUUGGGCUCCUAGGCAUGUGGAGAUGUGGGGAGAAAGGUUAGCAUGAAGGCAAGGCGUGUCGACGGCUCUCCUGUGUCUACCUGGCGUACCUGCACGUGCACGUACACUACCAUUACACCUGAGCAGAGGGGCGUGGCCGUGCGUGUUUACGUCACGUGCCCAGGGGUGCGCGCGGCGUGUCCCGGGAACGAGACCAGCUCGCCUAACGGGAUCGAACAGGGGAAAAUGGCGGACACUGCGAACGCCACUCUGGCUACCCUGGACGGGGAGCUGUCCAAAAUCGACGCCAGGCCGGCCUCCGUGCAGGUGAAGCACUAUGAUAUCACGGCUAUGAACGUGGAGCACGUCACGGUGUACCUGGAUCGCGCAGAGGUGCGGCGUUCCGUUCUUGUCAACGUGAAGAAGGGCGAGAACGAGGUCCUGUUCAAAAAGUUGUCGCAGAACAUCGACAAAGACUCGAUCAGAGUGGAGUGUAAGGGUCCAGCCUCCAUCACAGAAGUCACAUAUCACAGCAAGUUCAUUCCUGCCGACGAGGCUGAAGAGAAUAAGAAGAUCAGGGAGCUGAAGGACAAGCUCAAUGAGCUGGAGAAGACGAAAAAGGCCCUGGUGGCCAAGAAACAUCGGCUGGAGAAGCAGAGAAAUGUUCUGGACGGUUUUGCAGAUAACAUGAUCAAGCCAAGUUCCCCUGGGGAAAAUAAGGAAUCCAACAGUGACAACAGACUGAGUCUGAACAUGGACACGUCCCUGCUGGACUGUAUGUCAGGGUUCUUUGAUCUGUAUGACAAACAGGCUCAGAAGCUUGACGAGGCUCUUCAGGAUCUGGACCAGGAGAUCGACUCUAACGAGGAUGCCGCAGCCGUCACCAGGAAGAACAUUCAGGAACUGGAAAUCAGCAAAGACUCACUCAUGAUCAGGUCCCCUCUGAAAACCAGAAACAGGCCUAUAGAAAAACCAAGGGAGGUUCUGGUGGUUUUAGACACAAAAGAAGAGGCGAGGGUUGAGCUGAUUGUGUCUUACGUUGUGAGCAAAGCCCGCUGGGCACCCAAAUACGACAUGAGAGUCUUCACCAAGGACAGUGCAAUGAAGCCUCCCCGGCCGGGAUCGAGCCAUGCUCGCCGCGUUACUACUAACCGCUGGCUGAAUAAGAGUGUUGCCUUGCAGAUCCAAUAUUUCGGGGUGAUCCGCCAGGCCACGGGGGAGAACUGGCAGGACGCCACCAUCUCCCUCUCCACUUCGCUACCCAGCGUGGGCGGCACGGCGCCCAGCCUCGGCACACAGGUCCUCUCCUUCAAAAAUAGGUCAGACGGGUGGACCCGUCGCUGGAUGCCAGAUAGUCCCAGUGUUGGGAUUCCCCAGAGUAUCACAGACAGCCCCCUGAAGAUGAAGAAGGCAGCGAGGAGGGGACUGGGCAGCUUCCGCCGGAAGGACAAGCCACAGAUCUACUCCCCCGACCGGACAUCGCUCAUCAUCGACGACGAGGGGACCAUCGACAUGGUGGAGGACUCUGAACUGUUUACUACGGGUGGAGACUCCACGGAACAGCAGGGCAAGGACAGCUUGCUGAGCACGACGUACGACAUCCCCAGGAAGGCCAACAUCCCCUCCGACAACCAGCCGCACAAGGUGCAGAUCGCCAUGAUCGACUUCAACCCCACCUUCGAGCACGAGACCGCGCCCAAACGCUCCCCCCACGCCUUCCUCCGAGCCACCGUCAAGAACGACUCGGAGUACGCCUUGCUGGCCGGGCCUGUCAAUGUGUACCUGGAUAACAACUUCAUCGCAAAGUUCAAGUCUGACUUGCGGACGGUGGCCCCUUCGGAGGAGUUCACAUGUUCCUUGGGCGCGGACCCAGCCGUGAAGGUGAUCUACAAACCUCUGCACAAGUACCGGGAACAGAGCGGAGUCAUCUCCAAAACUACACAGAUGACUUACAGACAGGUUAUUGAGAUCAAGAAUCUGCGGCCGGAUCCCAUCAAGAUCACGGUCAGCGACCAGCUGCCCCUCAGUACGGAGGAGAAGAUUAAGGUGAAUCUCCAAGAGCCGUCAAUCAAGCACCCUGAGAAGAAUGACAAGAACAAGCCCAUCCGGCUCAACGUGCACAACAACGUGGAGUGGACACUCAACAUCGAGGGUGGCAAAACACAUGAGGUAACUCUGAAGUACAGCAUUGAGCAUCCCCCAGGAGAGGAGGUGGAAAUCAAGAACGAGAAAAUCGUCUUGGCGUAGAACCCGCCGCAGUGGAACGGUUUCAGGUGGCUCAAGAACGAGAAAAUUGUCUUGGAGGAGAGACUUCCGCGAGCGCACAAGUGGUGGUGUUCAAAACUGUAGGAGUGAGAGAAGGAGUGUCAAGAGGAAUAACAACCACAUGGUAGCUAUGGUAACUAUAUGGUAGCUAUGGUAACCAUAUGGUAGCUAUGGUAACUGGGUGGUAACAAUAUGGUAGCUAUGGUAACAAUAUGGUAGCUAUGGUUACCGUGUGGUAGCCAUGGUAACUACAUGGUAGCUAUGGUAACCACAUAGUAGCUAUGGUAACCAGGUGGUAACAAUAUGGUAGCUAUGGUUACCAGGUGGUAGCUAUGUAUAAUACAUUGUUUACGUUCUUUAAAAUCUGUUGAUUUGUUUCAUCAAGUUGGCAAGUGACUGGAUAGCAAUGUUCUUUGUGCACAACCAGUGCAUAAUCACCUGCUGAUGUUUUGGUGACUGAUAAAGGAAGCUGUGUGGAUCAGAAGAUACUCAAAUCAUGAACUGUGCAUGCUUCACGCUGUAGCAGUGACACCUAGCUGCAGUGUUGGGUACUGCAGCAGUGACACCUCGCUGUGUGAAAGCAGUCAGUAUUGCCCAGACGAAAGUAAUACAGGCAGUCAACAAAACAUCGGCUGGUGAUCAUAUAUUGAUUGUGUGCAAAGAACUUUCAAAUUGUCAUCCUGUAGACACUUUUCAUGUCUCACACAUUGUUUUGAGAAUCAUGUGACAUGCUGAAGUAAUUUUCCAUCAUGCUUUAAUACAAAUAUACAUAGUAUUGAUGGUUUUGGGGAACAGUAAAGAUGAUGUGUUCAUCACUGAAUACUAUAGUGAUGGGUUGAAAGAGUUAGAGAGAAGUUUCUGGAAAGAAGUGUGAUAUGUGUAGCAGUUAAGGCCACAGCAAUGUAAUUCCUUGGUUCUCGGGUCAUGCUUACAUGUAGGUAAAACUUUGGCAAAAAGACAUGGAAAUGGAGAGCAGGGAAGAAAACUUGCACCCUGACCCUUAAACUGUGUGUGCCAAGAAACCGACUCUUAGCCUGGGUGCCAUUUGAUUACUACUGGGGCUUCUUACACUCGCUGCCCUGAUUUUUUCAGGCUAAGAGUUUGUUUUUAUGUUGAUAUUUUAAUCUAUAAUCUUUUUAAAACUGAGAACCAAGAAAUCUAAUUGAUAUGGCCUUAAUUAUAAGAGUGGUAAAAAAAAGGAUUAGAAAUUUGGAAUUGGGUUGUCACUUCACCAUGCAAGCUCAGAGUUAUCUUUUUUCUCAUCAACUUUUCAAACCAAAUUGAUAUUAAUAAUACUUCAAUUGUGGUGUAAAAAAACUGGCUUGUACAUGUAUGUAGCUUAUAAAGUUUCCCCCUCUUGCUAUAUCUCUAUAUCAGACAAUAAAAGAAAUAAUCUUGUAGUAUGUAGCUAGUCCCAGUGUGGCAGUUAUACACACCUGCAUGUAGUAGGGUGAAGACUGUGAUAGAACUGUCUUGUAUAUCUGUAGUGUUCCGUGUGUCCAACAGACUCCAGAGGUUUUUCUCACCUGAACAAAACGUUAUUUUGAUAGACACCCUAUUUGUGCAUCAAAGUUUCUAUUUUAUGGACCUAUAUCUUCUCCUUUGGGAAUACAAAGGCUUAGAAAAUGGGGAAAAAUCAAAAUCCAAAAAAAAGAUGAAGCCUCAAAAGAUAUUAGACUAGUGUAUCAUUCUGUGAACAGUACAGUCAAGUUGACAUUGUCUGGAAACUUCUGUGCUUCAAGUUAUAGACUGUUGUAAAAUCACUGGACUGGCUUUCCUGUGUAUAAAUCAUGAAGAGUGAAGUUUGUUUAAUUGUGGAAAAAGGAGAGAACCAUCAUGUAAUAUCAAGUUUAAUGCUUGUCGUUUGAAAUAUGUUGUAACUUCAUUCAAAAGGAAAGAUGUCAAAAUAGUCAGGAAUUAGAGUUUUUUUCCUGAAGUUGCAAAAAAAUGACUUUUAGUUGUUUGCUUUCAUUUU